UGGUUCGGUGCAACUGGAAUUAUGGUUCGAAUAACGAGUGACGGUGAUAUUGUCAAUGAUGACGAUGCUGCGAGUAAUGCGACUGUGCAACGAAGACGACCAACUGACCAAGGGCCAUCUCCGAACAGUAUCGCUCGGCAACGGGACAACCUAGAUGUUGCUGACGUGCACCGUGGUCCACAACUGAAUGCGUGGACAGUGGCGAAUGCUCGUCUUCGAGAAUACGGCAUUCCAACGUAUUCUUUGUAUGGCUAUAAAUUUGAACCUAUACAUUUCAUAUUCACAAUUGCCGCAGUUAUGCUUUUUGGAGUACAGUCAUUGCUUUUGAUACCAAUACUGCUUAUUGUGACCAAUUUAAGUGCAUCCUCAGGGCGAACAUCGGCAAGUGCUCAUCCAGUAAGGCCAGCUGGGUAUUCUCAAGGCGUUAACAUGACGAGAGCCAGGGACGUCAGUGGUCAGUCUGUAGGGGUUGCCAGCGCAUCUGCACCGUCAGGAUCAUUCUCCGGGAAAGGUCAUAAACUCGGUCGAUGA